AGCCAUUGAUUAUUUUACUUCAAAGAAUUGAAGUCACCUAAAAGCUGAUAAAAGGACAGACUGCUAUCGAGGAGGUCAUAUUUAAUUCGCGUUAUUAUCGGUCAUUGUCAUAACUUUGUGUUUUUGUUGAAUAGCUUACAUGCCUUUUACAUUCGUUAAAUAUUUCUACUUUUAUAUAUAGUUCCUUUAUUAGCUUAACUUUUACGAAAACAAACAAACAGAAAACAACAAAAAGAAACCUUUUUGUAAUUGUUUGUAUAAAAUUGAGUAUAAUUUCUUUUAAACGGAAACUCAUUAAACAUGAAAACAGGAUUUGUCCUUUAUAUUUUAUUGUUGGAGUGCUUUCAUGGAAUAUACGCCCGACCAGCCCGCCGUUUCUGUGCCAGUUUUGACCCGUUCUGCAGAUGUUCUCAGUACGCAAAUGGUUGUUUUACAUGCCCGGCCUCCUGCCCAUCAGCUUCAGGUUCAGCGACCAGCAGCCUUGCCACGACCACUGCCCACAGCCCAUUCGGUAAUUUCCAUCCUGGUAUGAAUCCUGAUAUACAUUUCAAUCCAACAAGCACAUAUGGCACGGCCAGUACCGCGCAGACUCAAUCCUCUUCUAAUAUCCCGUCGUCGUAUUCAACUAACAGCCCCACCAGUCCUACACAUCCGUCAAGUACUUCCAAAUCUGUGCAAACACCAGCGCCCAGCAGUUCUUCGUCCGCACAAGGAAGUGGAUCAUCUUCAGCGGGAAACCAUGAUCUUGUAUGUCCCCCAUUGCCGUCCUGUCCAGAUGCCACGAAGAUAACAUAUGAUGAUAAUAAUUGCGCUAUAUGCUCCAGCGCAGGAAACCAUAACCGACCGAUUUCGAAUACAAACGGCUGUCCACCCGUCAGCAUGCCGAUGACAGAUUGCCACGUAGAUCGGAAUGGAUGCUUGCUUUGUCAGGGAUCAAUCGUAACAACAACUACACCAUUGACAACCCCAACAACAACGCAAACAAGUACUCGGUCAACAACAACACAAUCAACAACACGACCCACUACCCCUACUCCAUUAACAACGAAACAAACAACAACAAGACCAACAACACCUACACCAAUAACUACGAAAUCUACUUCGCCGACAACUUCCACAAUUACUGCAGCAAAGACAACAAGGCAACAGUCGGCCAUUUUAGCAAGUUCCGAAACAUCACCAACAACACCAUCUACCUCUAUGACUACUGCUAAAGGUAGUUUAUCGGCAACAACAACUUCAACUACUACCGGUAGUUCAGCAGCAAGAACAACAUCUACAACUACAGUUUCUUCAGCAGCAACAACGUCUACUACUUCAGGUAGUUCCGCAGCAACAACAGCUUCUACUACUUCAGUAACUUUACCAGCAACAACUUCUACUACUUCAGGUAGUUCAGCAGCAACAACAGCUUCUCCUACUACAGUUACUUUAGUCGCAAUAACUUCUACUACUUCAGGUAGUUCAGCAGUUACAGCAGCUGCUACUACUACGGGUAGUUCAGCAGCAGCAACAGCUUCUAGUACUGCAGUUACUUCAGCAGCAACAACUUCUACUGCUUCAGGUAGUUCAGCAGCAACAACAGCUGCUACUACUUCAGCUGCAACGCCAGGAAAUACGUCACCACACGGAAGCUCAGCCACAACCGGAAGUACAAUAGUUAUGGCACCUCCGACAUUCACGACGAUCCCCAUACCCGCUGUUACAACGGCCUGUCCCCAGAUGCAAUGCUUGUUGGACUGUGGAAGCCCUCCGAAAUUUAUGAAAGAUACGAACGGGUGCGAUCUCUGCAAAUGUGACUUAAGCCCUUAAGGACUUAUAAGUUGGUGCAUGUACCGCUGUUAUUAAACAAAUUAAAGUAUCACACUAUCGCA